AUGCAGUCGUCUUUCAUCCAUCGCCUGUACGGGCCAGUGCCGGAGGAGUCGUCCGACGGUCAGUUCAACGUGGACAGCAUCCUGAACGAACUGGGCAGCUUUGGGAAGUACCAAGUGUUGUUGCUGUUACUCCUGGCCUUCAGGGACUCCUUCCUCGCUAUGUGCAACUUCAAUUACGUCUUCACAGCGGCUGAUGUACCCUACAGAUGCGUAGUCCCAGAAUGUGAUCUCUCCGAUGACAGAUUCAACGCAAGCUGGACAUCAUUCGCCCUUAUGAACGACACCAGAAGCUGCCAAAGACCUCAACUGUAUGACUCGAUGUUCCACUCGAAUGUAGUUGAAGACUGGACUAUAGCUAACAACGGGACCUGCUCUCCAGAGAGGUUCAACUUUAACAGAACGAUGCCAUGCGAGAAGAUAGUGUAUGAAGAUUACAAUAGCAUCGUAGCUGAGUUCGACCUGGGCUGCCAACCCUGGAAGAGGACGAUGAUCGGAUCAGUUCACAACCUGGGGCUGGUGGUCUCAUUCUUACUAUCAGGAUUUAUAUCGGACAGAUACGGUCGCAAGGUGAUAAUAAUAAUGACACCUCUGGCUGUGGCUAUUGCUGGUCUCAUCAAGUCCUUCUCUGUCAACUACUGGAUGCUGCUCGUGUUCGAGUUUCUAGAAACUGCUUUGGGAUACGGCAACGCUUCUAUGGUACUAUCACUGGAAACGGUCAGUCAUAAGCGGCGUGUCAUGUUCUCGUGCAUAGCUGAUAUAAUGGCCAGUUUCGGGAGCAGUUUCUUCGGCCUGAUAGCCUGGAGGAUACCGUACUGGAGGGACCUGAUGAGGGCUAUCUACGCCCCGCUACUGGUGGUGGUGUUUUACAUCUUCCUGAUGGACGAAGGUGUGAGAUGGUUGCUCGCCCAUAACAAAAAUGAUGAAGCCGUGAGGGUGCUGAAUAAAGUCGCAAAAAUCAACAAUAUCACUUUAUCAAACAAAGCUAAGGAAACUUUGACGAAGAUUUCUCAUCAGAAAACUAAAAGCGACCAGGCCGGUGGUGAUAACAACCAGAAGUCGCAUCUUCUCUCUGUGCUGCGAUCAAAGAAAAUAUUGCUGCGCGUAGUUCUAAUGGCGGCAUGCUUCUUCUGCGGGAUUUUCGUGUACAUCGGCACAGUUAUUAACUCUACAAGCCUCUUGGGCAACAAGUACUUCAACUUCUCCAUGGUGCUGCUGGUGGCGGUGCCCACCAGAGUCAUCACGGCGCUCACGUUGACCAAGUUCGGCAGGAAGGCCCCGAUCUGCGCUGCGUACUGCUUGUGCGCUAUAUUCUUCAUCGCUUCUGUAUUCGUACCCAAAUCCGUGUGGUGGGCAUCAGUUCUGCUGUACGUGAUGGCGAAGAUGUGCACCAGCUACGGGCUGUUCUCUUUAACAGUGGUUGCCAUGGAGGUGUUCCCCACGACAUCUCGCAACUCUCUCACCAAUGCUGCCAACACCGUCGGCAGACUGGGCUCUGCACUUGCGCCACAAGCACCAUUACUGGAACAGUACAUGACUGGUCUAACGAGUAUAGUGUUCGGGCUGGUGUCCCUUGGGCCUGCGGUGCUGGCCCUCAUGUUCCCUGACACCAGCGAAGCGGACCUGCCUGACCACGUGACCGACGCCGAGAGGCUGGGCGAGGUGCACGCUCAAGAGAGCUCUGAACUGCAGCACAGAUCUGAUGUCGACUUUAUAGCAACAUGCAAAGAACAGCGAUGACCUGACAAGACACAUAACGACCUCGAUGGUCUAGCGGUUUAACACCACUUUACUUCAGUCGCGGGUUCGAUUUCUUGUACGAUUGCAAUUAAUGAGUAUGAUUUUUUGUCGGUUGAGGUGUUUUCUAUGUAUUUUAUAUACGUUUUAAAAAUACAUAUUUAAGUAUUUAUAUCAGUUGUCUACCCAUAACAUAAGCUCUGCUUACCGUGGGACUAGAUGGCGCUGUGUUAAUUGUCUAGUAUUAUAAGUAAUAAUAAUAAUAAUAAUAUUAAUACCUCAGGACAAUUCACACAACGCCAUCUAGUUCCAAGCUAAGCAGAGGGAGACAAAAGUCACUCUAUAUUUAGAUUAUGUGCCAAAGACAUAAAUUUAGAUAAUUUUAAAGGUGGACGUUAAAAAACAUUUUAUUAAUAAGUCGGAAAUAUAGGUAAAAUUAAAUAGUUUUAAAAUAAACGUGGUCAUUAUUUAUACGUAUAAUUACUUAGAGCCCACGCUCACAGAGAGCGGUCAGGAGUUCCGAGUUCCGAGUUCCGAGUUCCGAGUUCCGAGUUCCGAGUUCCGCGUUCCGAGUUCCGAGUUCCGAGUUCCGAGUUCCGAGUUCCGAGUUCCGAGUUCCGAGUUCCGAGUUCCGAGUUCCGAGUUCCGAGUUCCGAGUUCCGAGUUCCGAGUUCCGAGUUCCGAGUUCCGAGUUCCGAGUUCCGAGUUCCGCGUUCCGCGUUCAGCGUUUAUUAGAAUCUACCGAGUCUAUAACAACGCACACAGCGGGCAGUCUGACCGCGGCGGUCAAAGUGGAACUUCGUGUUUCAAGAGUUCUUUUACUGCCAAGACAAAGACCGCCGGAACGCCGCGAUAUCCGAGUUUGGAAGCACGGAAAAGUUAAUUG